AUGGCUGCCUCCCUGCAGACCCAUGAAAAGAACAUGCCCAAGCUUUUGCCCUCGAACCCGAGCACCAAGACACCCAGCCAGCUGGAUGGCCUGUCCAACACUAUGCAGAAUGCCGCCAGCAUCGAGAGCUUGAACCUCUCCAACAGUGAGGUGAAGUCUGCAGGGGAGAUGGACGAGGGCAAAAGUCUGCAGCCAGAAGAGAUGAGUGCCGACAGAAGUGCCCUGUGCACCGCCCUCCCUGAUAAAUCAACCAACAUAAGGUACUACUCGAUCUACGACUCUGGAGACCGUCAGGGUCUCCUCGGUGCCUACCACGAUGAGGCCUGCUUCUCCCUGGCCAUUCCCUUCAACCCUGAGGAGUCAGCCCCGCGGCUAGAAGUACUCAGUAGUACUGAACCUGCUGAUGAAGUCUGUGUUUGUGAAUACAACGAUGGUGGUAGCUCACCUCAAGGAAGAAAGAAAGUUUGGAGUUCUUUCCAAGGUAAUUUUGGCAAGAGGAGCCCUCAAUAUGAAGAUGGUGGAUGUGAGCCUCAGCCUUCACACCUCCAGGAGGAUGAUGGAAAUGUGCUGAGGGGAGAUGUCCAGGAGGACCCCCAAGUAAGACACACUCCCUAUAGCACCCAGCGCGACAAGAGGAGAGUGAAAUGGCAAAAUAAGGGCCAUAUCCAUAUUACUGUGUGGAGAGAUAGAAAAACUCUGAGGAGAGAGAUGGGGGAGAACACACAACAUGGAACCCCAGGGAGCUGGUUCAAGAUCACCAUUCCCUAUGGGAGAAAGUAUGACAAGACAUGGCUAAUGAAUUCAAUCCAGAGCCACUGCAGUGUCCCCUUCACUCCAGUGGAUUUUCACUACGUGAAAAACCAGGCUCGGUUCUUUGUCCAGGAUGCUGGCACUGCCUCCGCAUUGAAGGAUGUCAGCUACAAGAUUUGUGAUGAGGAGAACCGAAAGAUAUCUAUCUUUGUCAAUCCUUCUACUGUACCCUACUCUGUGCGGUAUAAGUUGGAGCCAGAAGAAAUGGAGCAGCUAAAGCUGACCAUGAACAAACGCUAUGACGUCUCCCAGCAAGCUCUUGACCUCCAGUGUCUCCGCUUUGACCCAGACUUGGUGAGACAUGAUAUAGAUAUGAUCCUGAAUCGAAGAAACUGCAUGGCUGCCACCUUGCAGAUCAUUGAAGAGAAUUUCCCUGAGCUGUUGUCCUUGAACUUGAGCAACAACAAACUGUAUGGGCUGGAUGGCCUGUCUGACAUCAUACAGAUGGUCCCCACAGUCAAGAUCCUGGACCUCUCCAAAAAUGAGCUAAACUUGGUGUGGGAGUUAAACAAGAUGAAAGGGCUGGAUCUUGAAGAGCUUUGGCUAGAAGGGAACCCCCUGUGUGACACCUUUCCAGACCAGUCCACCUACAUAAGUGCCAUCAAGGAUUGUUUUCCUAAGUUGUUACGCCUGGAUGGCCAGGAGUUACCAUCACCAAUUAUCAUUGAUACUGACACACCCUGCUUGAUGAAGCCCUGCAAGGAAAGCUACAAAGGAUCUGAUGCACUGAAGAGUCUAGUCCUGCAAUUCCUGCAGCAGUACUAUUUGAUCUACGAUUCUGGAGACCGUCGGGGUCUCCUCGGUGCCUACCACGAUGAGGCCUGCUUCUCCCUGGCCAUUCCCUCCAGCCCCGAGGACCCAGCCCUAAGCAGCUUGUGCGAGUACUUCAAGGAAAGCAGGAAUAUGAAGAAGCCCAAGGACGCCUCCCUGUGUGUUCAGCCGCUGAAGCAUACAAAACAUAACAUCGUGGGCUCCCUCUGUGUGCUGCCCAAAACACAGCAUGACCUCAGCUCUUUCUUGGUGGACGUGUGGUUCCAGACGGAGACGGUGCUCUGUUUCUCUGUUAACGGGGUGUUCAAGGAAGUGGAGGGAAAGUCUCAGGGCUCUGUUCGUGCCUUCACCCGGACCUUCAUCGCUACCCCUGCCGGCAAUUCCAGUCUAUGCAUCGUGAAUGAUGAGCUGUUUGUGAGAGAUGCCACCCCCACUGAGACUCAGAGUGCAUUCUCCAACCAAGAGCCUACACUGACCUCCAGCUCCGCGCCCACCCUCUCCCAGGAGCAGCGGGAAAUGGUGCAUGCUUUCUCCACUCAGUCUGGGAUGAAACUCGAGUGGUCUCAGAAGUGA